AUGGCCAACUUCAGAGCUCUAGCCACCGCCGCGAUCUUCCUCCUGGUCGCGCUCUCCACGUCGCACAUUGCCUCCUCCCUUCGCCCCGGCCUAGGGGUCUGCCGUGCCAGCGGCUAUCUCCCGGGCAAGUCCGGCAACUGCGAGAAGAGCAAUGACCCGGACUGCUGCGAAGACGGUAAGAGGUACCCACAGUACCACUGCUCGCCGCCGGUCACCGCGACCACCAAGGCCGUCCUGACGCUAAACAGCUUCGAGAAGGGCAAGGAUGGCGGUGGCCCGUCAGAGUGUGACAACUCCUACCACAGCGACAAGGAACUGGUCGUUGCGCUCUCCACUGGCUGGUUCAAGAACAUGGCACGUUGCGGUCACCACAUCAAGAUCACCGCAAACGACAAGUCCGUGUACGCCAAGGUGGUGGACGAGUGCGACUCCGUGUAUGGCUGUGACGCUGACCACAACUAUGAGCCUCCAUGCGAUAAUAACAUCGUUGAUGCCUCACCGGCGGUGUGGAAUGCCCUGGGGCUCGACCAGAACGUCGGCAUGGAGGAUAUCACCUGGUCAGAGGACAUGGCUAACCCGAAGCUACUAGCUGUGCUUGUGCUCUUGCAGGUAAUCACUCUCCAUAUCCAUGGUGUCGCAUCGUCCACAGCCAACAAACACGUGCCAAAGCCCAGUGGUGGCCGCUGCCAUAUCAGCGGCUUCCUCUACGGCAAGGCUGGCAAGUGCAACAAGGAGAAUGGCUCCGACUGCUGUAUUCCCCGCCACCGCUACCCGCAGUUCAGGUGUUCGCCCCCAGUGUCCUCCAAGACAGUGGCAACCUUGACACUGAACAGCUUUGCCCGCGGGGGCGACGGUGGUGGGCCGUCCUUCUGUGACGAUCGCUACCACAAGGACAGCGAGCUGGUGGUGGCGCUGUCUACUGGGUGGCUGCGCCUCGACGGCACACGUCGGUGCAACAAGAUGAUCCGCAUCAGCGGGAACAGGCGGUCCCUGCUGGCCAAGGUCGUCGACGAGUGUGACUCAGUGCAUGGCUGUGACAAGGAACACAACUUUGAGCCACCAUGUGCAAACAACAUCGUGGACGGGUCGCCAGCGGUAUGGAAGGCGCUGGGGCUCAACAAGAACGUCGGAAAAUUCAAGAUCACUUGGUCUGAUGUGUGAGCUCUGAGCUGCACCAUGGCAAUGUCGUGCUAGUCUAUACUUAGAGGCAUACACAAGGGAACUGUGUGCUCCUCAUUUAUAUAAACCAUAUGGUGUGUGUGUGUGUGUGUGUGUGUGUGUGUGUGUGUGUGUGUGUGUGUGAUGAUGAUGAUAAUCUUGGCGAUGGAGCAAAUAAGCCGUAUUUGCUAUCCCAAGAAAAGUGUGUACUUGUUAAUUUCCAAAACUAUGUGUGCUACUGUAUUAGCAAUAAAUUACUACUUGAAAUAAUGCACCAGUAUUUUGCAUGUUAAGAAGUUGGUGAUGCACCAGUAUUUUGUAUGUUACCAAGUUAGUAAUGACUCUGGUUUUGUGCGGUGAAAGCUCAUUUAGGUUACAGAUGUUUGAACAGUUCAGCUAUUUGAAACAAAAACAAAAAUCGAAGAGAACCAGACAAUGCCAGCAAAUUUCAGGUGUUAUAGAAAUUUUAUGUUAUAACAAAAGAUACUGUAGAAGUACCUUAAGAGAUACUCCCCCUGUCUCGCAACAUAAGAUCCUUUUUUAAGCUAACAUAGCUUGAGAAACGAUCUUAUAUUAUGGAACGCACGGAGUACAUCUUUAGACACCUGUCCAAAUUUGUUCUUCGUCUAACAGGAGCCAGAGUAGCCAAUCACAUGUAUCCUCUGUACUAGAAUACAACAAUUGCUAACUGAAACUGAAGACAACAUAUGCAUUUGAGCGCUACACUUAUAUAUACCAGUACCACAGUACCAGUUAGUCUACUCACAGUCUAAUACUGCCUCCGUCCGGAAAUACUUGUCGUAGAAAUGGAUACAAAUGGAUGUAUCUAGAACUAAAAUACAUCUAGAUACAUCCAUUCCUCGGACAAGUAUUUUUGGACGGAGGGAGUACUAGGUUAAAAUUACUUGUUAUUGGCCCAUUGAGCAGGUCAAAUAACCAUACAACUAUUUGGCCUGGCAUCAGAAGUCACAACUCACCUGAAACCCUAUGAACACAUCAAGGCCAUCUAAUAAAUCUGAACACCGCAACGAAUUGCAUGGAAAACAAUGAAAUAAUGCCAUAACUCAUAACACCACCGUUUGAAAAAUAAUAUCAUAACACUAGUCCAGUCAG